UUCUAGAUCACCUCUUGAUCUCUCGCAUUCCUUGGCAGCGCAUCCGCGUGUUUUCUGAGAGAGAGCUUUAGAGAGAGAGAGAUGGGUCGUCCGACGAGUGCUGUGCGCUGGUGGGAGGAGUCGCAGAUGCGAGUCCUCGUCCUCAGCAGCCUUGUGGCCCAAUGCCUUCUCUACGUCUUUACCUAUUUGCGUAUCCGGGCCAUCAAUCCCGGGUGGAUCAGAUUCCAAACAUGGUUGGCAUACCUCGGCGGCGAUGCCAUCGCGAUAUACGCUCUGGCCACGCUCUUCAACCGCCACAAGCAGGAGGAUCAAGGCGGUGGUGGAGGCACGCUGGAGGUGGUGUGGGCUCCCAUCCUCCUACUUCACCUCGGCGGAAAUGAUGGCAUCACCGCCUACAACAUCGAAGACAACGAGCUGUGGACACGUCACUUGCUCACCGCGGUGUCUCAGGUCACCGUGGCCGUCUAUGUGUUCCUCAAGUCCUGGCCGUGGGCAGGCGGUGACAAGAGGCUGCUGCUGGCAGCAGUCGUGCUGUUCGUCCCUGGGGUCCUCAAAUGCUUCGCCAAGCCAUGGGAUCUCAAGAAGGCGAGCAUUAAAAGCCUUGUCAGCUUACCUGCUGCUCAGAGGACAAGAAAACAAAAGCAAGGCAUGAAACACCUCGAGGAGUACGUGCAACCUGCUGCAACGACGAGCAAAUUGAAGCAGGUACUCUCUGUCCGAGAACAAAAGGGUACUGGAGUUGAUGAUGAGCAAGCACAAGGAGGAGCAAGGGCUUCUGUGGAGGGCGGAGACAAUAAUCCUGUUCCUCCACCACCACAAGGCAGCGGCGCCGGCGAUAUCCCUCCAAUCCAAGGCUGCCGAAGACGAAGCAGACAAAGGAAAAGGGAUGCGCUGCCGCAAGGAAAACAAAAUGAAGUUGAGAUGGAUACGUUGGAACAGUACUUGAAAGGAGCAAUGGCUUUUGUCAGAGAACAAAAAGAUGGAGAACAAAAAGAUGAAGAUGAGGUCUCUUCAACUACAAGGGCUCCUGCUGUGGAGGACAUGGACAGCGAUCACCACCUUUCCAUCACAACAAGCCAUGAGAGGGUGGAAAAGGAUACUUUGCCCGCAACAAAAAUCACAGCAACAAGAUGUGGAUUGCGAGUAAGUCUGGGUGCAAGGACUUCCUCGACCAACACUGGUCCAUGGAGUCGUGCUUCUCGUCCAGCACCUUCGUGGAGUUGGUCCUUGAGUCUCAAAGCUGGAUGGAAGAAGAAAAUACAUGACCCUGUUAGCUACCACAAGUUCAACGACAACAGGGGCCAGUGGGCACUUGAGGGAAAUGAAGAUGAGCUGGGCUGGAGCAUAAAGGGGUCAUUCGAUGAGAGUGUCGUCCUCUGGCACAUCGCCACAGAUUUCUGCUUCUUCUCGAGGUCUCCUCCUACUCGUAGGUCCAGUAGUGGAGAACAACCGGCAUCACAUAAAGCUGUCCAAUGCAGGCAGAUGUCAAACUACAUGAUGUACCUACUGUUUGUUAAUCCUGAGAUGCUAUUGCCUGGGACUAGGCGCAAUCUCUUCACUACAGCCUACAAUGACCUCAAGUAUAUCCUCAGGGACAACAAGCUGAUGAAUCCACAGAGCAGCUCACAGCAGGUGGAAGAGAAGGCGCUUAUGGAGACAUUAAUCAAUACAAUGCGGGACAGGUCAAAGAAAGAAGAUCCAAACAUAGGUUCUGAAGAAAACUUCAUCGACGAUGCCUGGGAUCUUGCCCAAGGGUUAUUCAAGUUGAGGGAUGAUUUCGGUGAUGAGAAGAUGUGGAAAGCCAUCCAAGGCGUCUGGGUGGAGAUGCUCUGCUUCUCGGCCAGUAGAUGCAGAGGAUACCUACACGCCAAGGCUCUGGGCUCAGGCGGGGAGUUUCUCUCCUACGUCUGGCUCCUGCUGUUCUACAUGGGGAUGGAGACCUUCACGGAGAGGCUGCAGAGGGAAAGGGAGGAGCUUCCAAGCAGGGAAGCAAACGGCAACGAUGCUCCACCGCCUUCUGACUCCCACAAUGGCAACGCCACGACUUCAUCAUCUACUUCUUGGAUCCCCAGUCGCGGCGCUUCAUCAUCUACUUCCCACCUGCACAACGGCGCGUCUACAUCCAGUUCUGAGAUUGAGAUCGUCGACAUGGUUUGACACGUGGCGCUCGUGGAGGCUAUUUCGGUCGACUUGUGUUCGUAAGUUUUCUUUCGUUUUGCUUUCUUGUUGGAGACUGUUGCUUUCUUAUCGGUGUGGACGCUUGUCGCCAUGAUACUUCUUGUCUCCUGGUUGCUCAUCAUCUCAAUAAAAGUUAUGCAAUAGUGUUCGUUUCUUGUUAUACAA